UUUUAACGUAUCAAAUCACUUUAGCAAAAUUGCGACAGGUCUGAACACUGACGGCAAUCGUACUUUAAAUAUCGAUAUCUUAAGUACCUACAAAAAUUCUUAUUAAUGCUGUAUCACAGACACGCCUGAAGCCACUGUGCAUUUUGUUUAUUUUUUACGAAUCCAUAAAGUAAUCGGACAAAGUCCACAAAGUCACCAAACAAGGAAUGGUGAACUUUACGUUCACCGUACUAGGUUUUCGUUGCUGCGCGUUUCAUCCAGGCAGCCGAUCCGCUGCAGGUCUGAGCGUUUGGAGACGCGCUGAUGUCAAGCAUCUGGGAGGAGCGCCGCUUCGCUUUUCCUUCAUGGCAGCACCGGGAGCUUCAUUUCGAGCCUGAACGCUGAAGGUCUCCGGAUCUGUCCGCUUUCUUUCUCAGGGAUCUCAGCCUUCCAGAUUUUUCCAGAUCCCAUAAGUGAGCUGGAAGGCCUCAUGCUGUCUCAACAGCCCCAGGGGGAAGGAGACGGGGUGAUGGCCCACCCGGAUGAAGGUGCUGAUGACGCUUCUGGCCUCACCCUAUCUCUGCCGAGCGGGGACCUGAAUUCUCGCUCGGGGAUCAGCCAACACCGCGACUAUGUCAAGAUCUCCGUCCCUGGGGGAAGGCGCGAUCCGCUUCCCAUGGAGUGGUGGAAGACGGCGAUCGCUUUCAUCUACGCUGCUUUCAACCUGAUCCUGACCACGGUUGUGAUCACGGUGGUCCAUGAGCGUGUCCCAGCUAAGGAGAACAGCCCGCCGCUGCCUGACAAGUUCUUUGAUUACAUCGACCGUGUCAAGUGGGCCUUCUCCGUGACGGAGAUCAACGGCAUGAUCCUCGUGGGCAUUUGGGGCAUACAGUGGCUCUUCCUCAAAUACAAGUCCAUUGCUGGGAGGAGAUACUUCUUCCUGAUCGGAACGCUGUACCUCUAUCGCUGUGUCACCAUGUACAUAACCACGCUGCCUGUGCCCGGGAUGCACAUGACAUGCGCACCCAAGCUAUAUGGGGACUCCAAGGCCAAGGUACAGCGGGUCCUGCAGCUCAUCUCCGGGGGAGGCCUUUCCAUCACGGGCUCGCACCUCAUGUGCGGGGACUUCUUAUACAGCGGCCACACAGUCAUGCUCACGCUCACCUACCUCUUCAUCAAGGAGUAUUCCCCGCGCUCCUUCUGGUGGUACCACCUGAUGUGUUGGCUGCUGAGUGCUGUGGGCGUGGUCUGCAUCUUGAUAGCGCAUGAGCACUACAGUGUGGAUGUGGUGGUGGCCUACUUCAUCACUUCCCGCCUCUUCUGGUGGUACCACACCAUGGCCAAUCUGCAGAUACUGAGAUGCUCGCCCAACAACUACCUCACAUACACAUGGUGGAACCCCAUCUUCAACUUCUUCGAAAGGAACGUGCAGACCGAGGUCCCGAGCACCUUCUGCUGGCCCGUCUGCUGUCCACCCACCUGCUUCAAGAACACCUGCAAGAAGUACUCCAAGGUGCAGAGCACCAGAGAGGAGUAGACCUCUUUGGGAACUGCGUGAUUGGCGGUCAGCUGUACUGAACGCUCCACCAGGAAUUACAGUCAUGCCAAAGUCUGAGAUGAAGUGCCUCUUGUGUAUUACACAUGAAAUUAAAGUAUUCCAGCUCUGUUCUAUUUAUAUUCAAAAUAAGAAGUAUUGAUAAGUAUUAUGUUAAUGUAUGUAGUGUAUGUUUCGUCUUGAUCACAUGGCCUUAAUGUUGCUAUGGCUACAAUGCUUGUUAAAGCUGUUUAUGGGGACCCGCUGCCCUCGGCUUGGGACAAUGUGGACAGGUCAGGGAAGGAGGAUGUGUUUAAUACGGGAUUUUUAUACUGCAAUUUAAGGAGUAAAUCACAGGCAGCUGGAUAAUAAUGUGUUCCGUUACCGUAAUCUUUCAGGUUGUACCAGAAGUGUUAUGUUUUUUGGGGGGUUUUUUGCCUUUAAAAAGUCUUAAGUCCAUAAUCUAUGGCAGCAUCUCCCAGUCCUGGUCCUUAGGGAGCUCUAGACCGUCCGGGAACUGGGAGAGAGAAAAUGGAGCGGACUGACUGGGAGGGAGCGAAAAUGUGGACUGUCCAGGGGUCUCUGAGGAUCGGGUUGUGAGACGACGAUCAAUUUGGUUAGUGUCUCCUUGUUCAGACGCCUGAAAAUGGAUUUUGAUGCCAGUUUCAACAACAGAAAAAUGCUGCAGCUGUUCAACACAGAAAAAUCCCUGUAGCAAAGGUGCUUGUUUGUUUUUUGUUCAUUUUAAUACCCGGUUUCUUCAGUUUCUGUAAGUUAAAGUGCCUUUUUACAGCCAGUUUUUACACAGAAUAUGUAUUAGAAUGAUUUUCAGUUCAACUGAGAUUUUCAUGUUUCUUGGCAAAGGAAAUUAGCAGAUUUAUACAUGGUACUGUAGCAUCUGAAGCCAAUUCUCAUGACCGUUAAUGUGACAUUACAAUGGAAAUGCACCAUGUUGAAAAAGUAUUUGUUUUAUCGAAAAAACUGAAAUAAAAUUUUUGCUAUUAUAGAGCAUGAUUUAUAUUUGUUGUUAAAAUGAAUACGUCUGUCUUUGCUGCUGAAAACUCAACGGAUUCUAGAUUUAUUUUAAACUGUCAUUAACAUGCACUCUUUUUACAAAAUAGUGUGAUUGUUAUUAAAAUCACAAUAUCUCACGAACUUUA